AUGUUAGACCCACUAACAUCGCUCGGGCUCGCGAGCAACAUUGUGCAGCUGGUUGAUUUUGGUAUAAGAACAUUCUGUCAAGCUCGUGAGCUGGCCGCAACCGGGACGACGCAAGACUAUGAGCAUAUGGAAGCCUUGCUGCAAGACAGCAAUUCGAUUUUCUGGGAUCUCGAUGCCGCCACGGGUGAAAAGGUCGGCAACAAUGACCCUGGCUGGGAAGACCGGCUGGCGCCACUGACGGAAGGCGACAAAGUGACGGCUCUAGCGAGAAGGUCUAAAGAAGUCGCGGAAGAGCUUAGUGUACUUCUACACAAGCUCAAAUUCGAGGAACCCAAUGAGGAUGCCGGACGACCUAUGAAGCGGAGGAGGACGGCGGUCAAGUGUGUGGUCAAGGGACUACUCAAGAAAUCGGAGGUCACAGAGCUGAGAUCGAAGUUGAACGAUCUCCAGCAGCAGAUGAUCCUCCGUUUGUCAGCCAUGCAGUGGACAUCAUCAUCUUCGCUCGUGAGAGACUUCGGUUUUGCGUCCAAUGUCGAACACGACCGUGAUACUGCACGUCUUGCACAGUUCGAGGAGGCUUUACCUUCCAUGCUUGCUCAUGUGCGUAGAGGGGCCAAAAACGAAAAUAUUGGCGAAGCAGUCGCCAGCAAGCUCCAGAGAUUGAUGCGUCAAGCUCACACACUAAAAGCUUGCCAGCGAGUCUUGGAGAGCCUCCAGUUCUCCGAGAUCAAUAAUCGCCAGGAAGAUAUUGUAGAGGCCCACGCGAAGACCUUUCAAUGGAUAUACGAGAAAGCAGGAUUUGGGUACACGAAGUGGGCUACUGAAAAGGACGGCAUAUUCUGGAUCACAGGCAAACCGGGCUCUGGGAAAUCAACCCUGAUAAAGUAUCUUAUGCAACAGCCUCGAACGACAGAAUUGCUUCAGCGUUGGGCUGGCCGGGAUGAGCUCAUAGUGGCGUACCAUUACUUCUGGAGCGCCGGAACAACACUGCAGAAAUCGAGGCUUGGUCUUCUGCGCACACUCCUCGUACACAUGCUACAGCAAGCACCCGAGAUUGUGCUCCAACUCUUGCCUGAACGAUUCCGAAAGGAUAACCAUUAUCAAACGGAGGGUGCGCGAUUAUGCCUGUUUGUGGACGGGCUGGAUGAGUACGAAGGGGAGCACGUGGACUUGAUUGACCUUCUCUCGGAUCUGGCCAAGAGCUCUCGAAUCAAGCUCUGUCUUUCAAGUAGACCUUGGAACGUGUUCACUCGUGCCUACCGCAAUCGAGUCGACGGCGAGUUGGCGGUCCAGGAGCUGACCGAGCAGGAUAUCCAGAUCUAUGUCAGGGACAAGAUGUUGGCGAACCCUGUGUUCGCGGCCAUGCGGCUGCGCGACCCGGUAGGCUGCGUCAAGCUUAUGGAUGAGAUCAGAGCCAAAGCAGAAGGCGUCUUCCUCUGGGUUCAUCUAGUCGUUCGCUCGCUGCUUCGAGGUCUAGGCAAUGACGACGACUUGGAGACACUAGAGCGCAGACUGAACGCGUACCCGGACGAUCUGGACGGUUAUUUCCAGCGGAUGUUUGACCGUGUCGAGAGUGUCUACUCGAAGCAAUCAGCUCGUUUGAUGCUUGCUGCACUUUCCGCUGGAAGAGGUCUGCCUCGCUGGGCACCGCGGUGCAUUGAAGUAGAGACCAAGUCGCCAGAUUACGCCCUUUCAAUCGACUGUCAUGGGAGUUCCUGCUAUGGCUAUCUCAUCUUUGGUCCGGAGUGUCCGGCCAUCGACAACGCGAACGCUGCGCACAUGUGCUCUAAGCCAUGGACUCAUCAGACACCAUUUCAGAACGAGUGCCUGACCAGAUACAUAGAUGCACGGUGUGCUGACCUGCUGGAAGUGACCAGAGAAAGGAUUUUCUUCAUUCAUCGUACCGCCCGGGACUUUCUGAAGCGUAGGGUCUUGCCAAGCACCCUACAGUCUCGAGCAGGUACUGCUUUCGACAUUGGCAUGUCCCUCGCAAGACUGUACCUGGCUGGAAUCAAAAACUUGUCGUCCAUCGACUCCAGUUUCUACAUUCCUGAGCAGCUCCUCGACGAAUUGAGGUCGGCAGAAGAGCUUGUCCAGCCGGCAAAUUUGGGAACGUAUGCAGCGCUUUUCGAUAAUCUUGAAGAUAGCGCGGUAUCAAAGGGCAUGGUUCUAUCGCUUCGGCGGCCGCCAGCUGUUCAGCAUCUUAGACAAACUGCGGCCCCGGUCGCCCCCGAACGGUUAACUUUUGCGAAAACAAUAGAAACUAAUGAUCUGGAGGUCCUGUUCGGCAUGGUGCACGAGGUAGACUCGGCAUUAGACGACUAG